AUGGGAAUAUGUUUGACUAAACAAUUUAAAGAUGAAUAUGAGAAAUUGUUUUAAGAUCAUCCAGAUUCUAAUAAAGCAAUUCAGUUAUAUCCAGCUUUUUCGCAUGUUAAAAUGUAUAUAAAAUGAAGUAAAAGUGUUCACAAUGAUUGGUAUCGUCUAGCCAAAGUAGAGUUUAAUGGUUUACCUCAUGAAACAGAUGCAUUUUUAUAGAAAUGGAGAUCAAGAGAAUAACAUCCUCAUCUCUUUUUAAUUCAUAAAAUAAUUACUGACGAAACAAGUCGAGCUGUUAUUUAUUUGGAUUUUCCAGAAUCAAUAGUCACAGAACUAGAUGAAGAAAGUUAUUUACCACUUUUAGAUGCUGUUUUACAGAUAAUGUCAAAAUGGUAAAAAUAAAGCAAAACAUAUUCAUAUUUUGGACGUGAUUCUGUUUAUAAGGUAAUUCAAAAUAUUGAAUUUGUAGGUAAGAUCAUUUGAUGGGUUAUAUUAUUAUAAAAUACUAGAUCCUAUGCUCCACCCAUAUCUAAUCAAGUUCUAUAGAAAGUGUUGGUUACAAAAAAAUACUAGAUAAUUAGAAUAAUUAUUAAGCAAAUUUUAUUUAUCUCCCAUUUAAAUAGAAGGCUUGAGUAAGAAAUAAGAAUAUCCUAUUCAUAAUUUCUAUAAGACUGAUGUAUUUUGUUUAGGUUUAUUUAUUUAUAAAUGUUUAACAUAAGAUGAAGAUUUUUAUGAUCUUACUAAUUAUAAAGUUAAAUUAGAUAAAAUUAGAGCAAAUAUUGAAGGUCUUAAACUAUAAAAUUAUGCAAAAAUGUUCUUAUUAAAUAUGCUUGAAGAAAAGGAGGAAGAUAGGCCAGAUUUUAUUUAGUUGGAACUAUAAUUUGCUCAUUUUGCACCUGAAAUAAAAUAUAAAAGAUAGUUCUAUAAUAUUAAUUAAAUGAUAUUUGAAGAAUCUCUAUUAUAAAUAACAUAAUUGGUAACAGAACAAAAUAAUGAGCAAGCAGUUCCUGAAGAGAUAUAAGCAUUUAAUUUUGAUGAAAGACUUGAUUUUGAAGAUAUGCACUUUUCAAUUAAUACUACUACAAAUCCAACAGGAGAAAUUCAUAAAAUGAUAGGUAAAGGUUUUAAUUCAUAAAUGAUUUUGAAUAAUAAUAAAUAAUAAAAUUUUGAAUUAGAUGAAGGAGUUAAAAGGAAAACAAGAAUAGAUUUACCUUGUUUAGGUUAUUCUGAUUUGAGUAAUUGGAAAACUGCAGAAGGAAUGUAUACAAAAGGAAUGCUCCAAGGAUAUGGUAGAUUAACAUUUUCUAAUGGAGAUAAAUAUGAAGGUUUUUUUAUUAAUAACAGAGCAAAUGGAAAAGGGACCUAUACUUUUCAUGAUAAUCAAUAUCAUAAAAAAGAGGGAACAUGGAAAGAUAAUAAAUAUAUUAUUACAAUUUGA